UAUUCCAUUUUCGUGUCAGUUACAAUUUUUGAAUAAUAAAAUGAGUAAUUUCAUUUAUCCUGAAUCCGAAGAUGUUGUUGCUCGUCGAAUCAUUACUCACGGGAGUAGUGGAAAGCGUUUAAAACUAAGCAUAGAAGUAGAACUUUGUGACUCUGACGAUGAAUUUGACGAGUGGUUCCUGGAAUCAAUUCCUGAAAAAAUUGGAAUCCGUCCAAGGAGCCUUUGGGUGAAUCCUUUGAAUAUGACUCGUAUAAAUGAUGGCGAAUACGUCAGAAUCUGUCUUCCGCUGCGAAAAUACCCAGAAAGAUUCUUCCAAUACUACAGAAUGACAAUAUCUACUCACGAUUUCAUAUUAAAAAGUAUUAAAGAAUCGAUUACAAAACAUUCACCUAGAACAGGUAUAUCACCAGGAGAGCGAUUAGCGGUAACUAUUCGAUACCUCUCCACUGGAAUGUCAUUUGAAUCAAUCGCUCAAUCGUUUUUAAUGGACGGGUACACUGUAGGAAACAUUGUACAUGAAGUGUGUGAAAAAAUUUAUGAACACCUAAGCCCAGUGCAUAUGGCAGUUCCAUCAAAGCAAGAUUUUAAACUGAUCGCUGCGGAGUACAAUAGAUUAUGGAACUUCCCAAAUUGUGUUGGAUCCCUCGAUGGGAAGGAUAUAAGAAUUAAACGCCCUGAAGAAAGUGGUUCCAUCGUGUUGCAAGCUGUAGCGGAUGCCCAUUAUAGAUUCAUUUUUAUCGAUGUUGGAGCAUAUGGAAAACAGAGCGAUGGCGGCAUUUUUGCAGCUAGUACUUUGAGUAAAUUCAUCGAUGAUAGAAGUAAUUUUCCAUCAGAUUAUCCUGUUAUGGAAGGAUUAGAUGUUCGUCUACCUUACUGCUUUUUGUGUGACGACGCAUAUCCAUUAAAGAGUAACAUGAUGAAGCCUUUUUCUGGUCGAAAUCUAAGUGCAGAGCAAAACAUCUACAACAGACGAUUGUCACGAGCUAGAAGGUGUGUAGAAUGUGCCUUUGGUAUUCUUGCAAACAAGUGGAGACUGUUUUUAAAAGCUAUUGAAACGAAAAAAGAAAACUCAACGGAAAACAUUGUUAAAGCAGCUUGCGUUCUUCACAACGUAGUUAUAGAUCGUGAAGGUAUUGAUGAGAAGUUACUGAGUGCUGUUGUAAGAAAAAUACAAGCCAACGAAUCGAAAAAUAAUUCGUUGAAAUCAGGGCGCCGAUACAAUCACAGCUCAAAUUCGGCUGUACUGAUUAGAAAUUGCUGGAUGAAGUAUUUCAGCAGUCCUGCAGGAUCUGUGCCUUCGUAAAAUAACCUUGAGCAAUUUUGUAAACUUGAGGAUCGAAUUUAUGGUUUUCACACGAGAUAUUUGUCCUACUGUAUUGAAAAAAUGUAAUUAAAAUAUAUGCCGCAAAAUGUUAUCUGUAAUUAUUGUAGUACUUGAAAAUUUAAUUUAUUAUAUGUAUUAUGCUGCAAAAUGGAAUCUGUAAGGGUC